GAAAGCUGUGUUGCCAGACACGCCGGUCGGGCCCUGGUUGGCCCUGGUUGGCCCUGGCACAAUCCACACCCGACGUGCGAGCAUCGGCACAUUCGAGAUCCAGAAAUAGAGGCCAUGGCAAGCCGCGAUCGGCUCGACUGCCGAUCGCAUCGGCCGUCGCUCUCGAAUCUUGGAUCUGCAUUGACCAGGCGACCAGGAUACUCAAGCCAGCGGGUAUCACUCUGUGGCUGCGCCGCAUGAGGUCAAGUCGGCCACGCCAUCGGCCACGCCAUCGGCCUCGGCGAUCGCCCUCCCUGCCCUCUUCGCCGGUCCUGUGGCUGCUCGUCCAUCACGACCAUCGUUCAUAUAUUUGGCCUCCAUCUGCGCUGCACCUUCGCCCGACCACAUCCACCACGAGCCAUGUCCGACGAACUUCCUGCCCAUCCACCCACUUUUGUUGAUUAUGAAGGAGCUAUGGUCAACAGCCCCAACGAGUUUCUGGAGGCGGUCCAAGCUGCCGAGCCGCUCAAUGCAAGCAUCCCAGAGCACCACUUCGUUUCGGAUCCGACUUCUCUGCGUAUCAUGAGCUUCAACAUCCACUUUUUCAGCUCGGCCCACCAAACCCGCAACAACGAAGAAGGUAUCUACCAGGACAUGGCCAAGUUCCAGCCCGACUUGGUCGUCUUCCAGGAGAUCACCAGCACCAUCCACGAAAGCGAGCAGAUCCGAAGGUUCGACCUCCGCAUGAGUCAGCUGGGCUACGUCCACAAGAUCAGAGUCUUCAGCGGCGAGCGCUUCCUCGAGCUUGGCAAUGCCGUCUACAGCAAGUAUCCGUUCACGGCCCAGCACUCCAAGCAAUUCACCAGCCGCCGCCGAUGCAUGAUUGCCGUGACGGUGGAGCCCGUGCCGGGCCUAUCCUUCGAGAUCUACGGCACGCAUCUCGAGGUCAUCUCGGCCUCCCAGCGACUCGACCAGAUCACCGAACUGCUCGCCGAUGCCGAGCUCUCGUCCCGGCCCUUCCAGCUCAUUCUCGGAGACUUCAACAGCUGGUACAGCUCCCCCGUCUUGGCCAUGUCCCGGUCCCACGGAUUCUCUGACGUUUUCGACGCCUUGCACGAUCCUCGAGGCAGACCCAACUUUACCUGCUGGACGGGCACGACCAUCGACUUUAUUCUCGUGAGCGAAGGCCUGCAGGACAGCGGGCGCAUCAAGGGUGCCUAUGUUGGCUAUACCCCCACCAGCGACCACUUGCCGGUGAUUGUGGACCUGGACCUGACGCCAAAGCCAUAAAGUCGAAGCCGAUCCCUUGCCGCCGUCAUACCACUGUCCUGCAGAGCGCGAGUAAUAGUAUGUCCAUUGUCCACA